AUUUUGAGUCGACAGUUUCCAGACAAUUCUAACCUAGACAUCUUCAUGUAUCUUAAAUUUUGACGUGUAUAUGUGUGUGACUUGAUAAAAAAUCACCUUUAUUAUACCUCAUAAAUGAAUAGAGUUUUAAAUAUUCAUGCAAACGUGGGCUGCAUAAUAAUAACUAGCAACAAAUUAAACCAAUUACAAUUACAACUCGUUAAACGUGAAAUACCUCGUCAACACGAAACAUAAAAGCAAUAAACAUAAAGCUGUCAUGAUAUAUUAACUGUUAUUUAUUAAAUGUUCAUAAUUUUUGAAGAUAAUAAUAAUUGUUAAAAUAAUAAAAAAAAAAAAAAAUUAAAAAUAAAAUGAAUGCGAAUAAUAGCAUCGAGAUUGAGCAACUUGAAGCAUCAGUUCGCAAUGUCAUCGAGCAAAGAUCCUUACGGUGGAUAUUUGUUGGUGGAAAAGGAGGUGUUGGUAAAACCACAUGCAGCUGUUCUCUGGCUGUACAAUUGUCAAAAGUACGUGAAAAUGUGUUAAUUAUCUCAACCGAUCCAGCUCACAACAUUUCCGAUGCUUUCGAUCAGAAAUUCAGCAAAGUUCCUACAAAAGUUAAAGGCUUCGACAAUUUAUUUGCUAUGGAGAUAGAUCCCAAUGUUGGAAUGACGGAAUUACCAGAAGAGUACUUUGAAAAUGAAAAUGUAAUGGGUAGUGAAGCGAUGCGAUUAAGUCGUAGUGUUAUGCAAGAAAUCGUAGGUGCAUUCCCUGGUAUUGAUGAAGCGAUGAGUUAUGCUGAAGUUAUGAAACUCGUAAAAGGAAUGAAUUUUUCAGUGGUUGUUUUUGAUACAGCGCCUACUGGUCACACACUUCGUCUUUUGUCGUUUCCACAAGUUGUUGAAAAAGGAUUAGGCAAACUGAUGCGUUUGAAAAUGAAAAUAAGUCCUUUCAUAUCACAGAUAAGUUCGUUAUUGGGAAUGUCAGAGUUUAAUGUCGAUAGUUUUUCAAAUAAAAUGGAAGAAAUGCUUGCAGUGAUUAGACAAGUGAAUGAACAGUUUAAAGAUCCUGAUCAGACGACAUUUGUUUGUGUCUGUAUAGCUGAAUUUCUAUCACUUUAUGAAACAGAGAGGCUUGUCCAGGAAUUAACCAAAUGC